AUGUCACAAAGGGCCCAGCCUCCGCUCUGCAGGGGGUGUCUGCCCUUGGCCUGGCCCCACUGUGGCAGUGUCCCCCUCCCCCCACCCCUCUCAGUGGAGGCGCCCACCCGUCCCUGAGAGCUGGUACUAUGAAAAGGUAAAGUCGCCGGGCAGAGCCACGCCCGGAGCCAGCAGAUUCCAGCAAGGCCCCCGCUGAGGGACCCACACCAGCUGCUGCCUCCUCCGAGUCCAUCCCGGUCCCCCGGGCCCCCGUGCCCACCUCACCUCUGCCCCCGCCCUCCCCUCGGCAUGGCCAACUACUACGAAGUGCUGGGGGUGCAGUCGAGUGCUUCCCCAGAGGACAUCAAGAAGGCCUACCGCAAGCUGGCCUUGCGCUGGCACCCCGACAAGAACCCCGACAACAAGGAGGAGGCCGAGAAGAAGUUCAAGCAGGUGUCUGAGGCUUAUGAGGUCCUGUCCGACUCCAAGAAGCGCUCCGUGUACGACCGCGCGGGCUGUGACAGCUGGCGGGCCGGUGGCGGGGCCAGCACUCACUACAGCAGCCCCUUCGACACAGGCUACACCUUCCGGAACCCCGAGGACAUUUUCCGCGAGUUUUUCGGAGGCCUAGACCCCUUCUCAUUUGACUUCUGGGACGUCCCUUUCAACAGUGACCGUGCGGGCCGGGGCCAUGGCCUGAGGGGGGCCUUCUCCGCAGGCUUCGGCGAGUUCCCGGCCUUCAUGGAAGCCUUCUCAUCCUUCGACACCCUGGGCCGGGCCGGAGGUGGCGGGGCCAACCGUGCCACCUUCUCGUCCACGUCCUUUGGCGGCUCGGGCGCCGGCAGCUCCGGCUUCAAGUCGGUGAUGUCGUCCACCGAGAUGGUCAACGGGCACAAGGUCACGACCAAGCGCAUCGUGGAGAACGGGCAGGAGCGCGUGGAAGUGGAGGAGGACGGGCAGCUCAGGUCGGUGACCAUCAACGGCAAGGAGCAGCUCAAGCGGGUGGACAACAAGUGAGCACCCGGCCGUCCCCCAGGGUCCGCUCCCGCGUGCUGCCCACCGUGCACAUGCCACCCGCGUGGCUGGUGGUUAAUAAACCUGCCAAGUGAGUUCAUGGAAACAACUGGCCCCGAUGUGUG